UACGGUCACACUUCACGCAGUAAACAGAGAUUUUAUCGUGUAGUGUAAAAGAAAAGUAGUAAUUUAAUGGUAAAAGGCGCAUAAACCCAAUCAAAUAAAAGUGCCUGGAUUCACCAAGUACCCCCGCGCCCGUACAAAUUAGCACAGGCGACCCAAAUUACGACGAACGUUUUCUAAUUACGCAUUCCAAGCAUGGACGAGGCAAACAUACAGGACAAGGAGCGGUUCGCUAGCCGCGAGAAUCACUGCGAGAUCGAGAGACGUCGAAGAAACAAGAUGACGGCCUACAUCACGGAACUCUCGGACAUGGUGCCCACCUGCAGUGCUCUGGCUCGAAAACCGGACAAGCUGACCAUUCUCCGCAUGGCAGUAGCCCACAUGAAGGCCUUGCGUGGCACUGGAAACACCAGCAGCGAUGGCACCUACAAACCCUCUUUUCUGACCGACCAGGAGUUGAAACAUCUCAUCCUGGAAGCAGCCGAUGGUUUUUUAUUCGUUGUGUCCUGUGAUUCAGGAAGGGUGAUCUAUGUUUCGGAUUCGGUGACCCCAGUGCUAAACUACACCCAAAGCGAUUGGUACGGCACUAGCCUGUACGAGCACAUUCAUCCCGACGAUCGCGAAAAGAUCCGUGAGCAGCUAUCAACACAGGAGUCGCAAAAUGCUGGCCGCAUCCUGGAUCUCAAAUCGGGCACUGUUAAAAAGGAGGGCCACCAGUCGAGCAUGCGUUUGAGCAUGGGAGCCCGUCGGGGAUUCAUCUGCCGAAUGAGGGUGGGCAAUGUAAACCCAGAGUCCAUGGUUUCAGGACAUUUAAAUCGCCUCAAACAGAGGAACUCACUGGGACCAUCGAGGGAUGGCACCAACUACGCCGUGGUCCACUGCACUGGCUAUAUCAAGAACUGGCCGCCUACCGAUAUGUUCCCCAACAUGCACAUGGAGCGCGAUGUUGACGACAUGAGCUCGCACUGCUGCCUUGUGGCCAUCGGUCGACUGCAGGUGACUUCAACGGCGGCCAACGAUAUGAGUGGCUCGAAUAAUCAAAGCGAGUUCAUCACACGUCACGCCAUGGAUGGCAAGUUCACUUUUGUGGAUCAGCGAGUCUUGAACAUUUUGGGUUAUACGCCCACAGAGCUUUUGGGCAAAAUCUGCUACGAUUUCUUUCAUCCCGAGGACCAGAGCCACAUGAAGGAGAGCUUUGAUCAGGUUCUCAAACAAAAGGGACAAAUGUUCUCGCUUUUAUACAGAGCUAGGGCUAAGAAUUCUGAAUACAUCUGGCUGCGCACACAGGCGUAUGCCUUUCUAAAUCCUUACACCGACGAAGUGGAGUACAUAGUGUGCACAAACAGUUCGGGGAAGACCAUGCACGGAGCUCCUUUGGAUGCCGCGGCUGCUCAUACGCCCGAGCAAGUGGUGCAACAACAACAGCAAGAGCAGCAUGUUUAUGUGCAGGCUGCUCCAGGAGUAGACUAUGCCCGCCGGGAGCUGACUCCAGUGGGCAGUGCGACAAACGAUGGCAUGUACCAGACGCACAUGUUGGCCAUGCAGGCUCCUACGCCUCAACAGCAGCAGCAACAACAACAGCAGAGACCAGGAUCGGCACAAACUACACCUGUUGGCUAUACCUAUGACACCACACACUCGCCGUACAGCGCUGGUGGACCCUCGCCGCUGGCCAAGAUACCCAAAUCGGGCACCUCGCCCACACCGGUGGCACCAAACUCCUGGGCAGCAUUGCGUCCACAGCAACAACAGCAACAGCAGCAACCUGUAACCGAGGGCUAUCAAUACCAGCAGACGAGUCCGGCACGGUCCCCAAGUGGUCCGACCUAUACCCAACUGAGUGCUGGAAACGGAAAUCGCCAGCAACCACAGCCAGGGGCAUAUCAGGCAGGUCCACCACCACCUCCGCCCAAUGCACCGGGAAUGUGGGAUUGGCAGCAGGCUGGAGGACAUCCCCAUCCAGCACAUCCAACGGCGCAUCCACAUCAUCCUCACGCUCAUCCCGGAGGACCUGCUGGAGCCGGACAGCCUCAGGGUCAGGAGUUUUCGGAUAUGCUGCAGAUGUUAGAUCACAGUGCGCCCACCACGUUUGAGGAUCUGAACAUCAACAUGUUCAGCACGCCGUUUGAGUAAUCCCGAUCCCCAUCUUAAUUCCCAUUGCCACCUCCCCUACUUAAUCUGUGUCUCUCUUAACCACUUCUCAAGUGCAAUCCAUCUUACAUUGUUGAAAUAAUUCAGCCAAACGCAUGCAAAUUGUAAUCUCGUAAAUAGCAUUUUAAGUACAUAGCGGUAGUCACGUACACGACUCUGAUAUCUUUAUUUUUGUGUGCUACGUCUUCACUUCCACCUCCCGUAUCCAUUAGCCCGCCCGCUUCCAUUUAACCCGCUCACUGGCCGUGCAAAAGUAUUUACAAUUAAAGUCUUACGUUUGUUCGUAACGAAAGGGAAUAUAUACAUCGAUAUAUAGCCUAUGAAUUCUAAACUUUCUCAUCGAUUCUAUUAGGAUUAAGUGUGACACGCUUCGUGCAGAGUAUUCUUUUGUAUUUCUCAUUGAGCAUUUCAAAGUUCAUGCAACGUAUAAAUAUAUAAAUAUACAAUUCGUAGAUUAAUAUACAACAAAUUAAUAAUUAUAAGCAACACAAGUGCACCACUUAUACUUUUUACCCGCGAACUAGCAAUAACAUUGACACCAUUUCCCAUUAAUUGUUGCUCAUUUUUCGCCAAUGCAAUCAAAAGUAUAUGAGUAAACAUAUAUACCUAUAUAUACAUACAAAAUCUUCAUGUGCAGCUUUUCUUUUUCUUUUAAUUGCAAAAUUGUGCAGUGACAACGAAAACUUUCAAGCUCAAUACAGUGGCGCUCAAAAUUAAAUCGCACACACAUAAUAAGACCAUUUUAUUACGAGUUCAAACAUACAAUUAGUUAUUUAAGCUCCCUUCAAACAACAAAUUUUAAACCACUUUUUAGUCGCUAAGCCCCAACUUCUGUAAUUAAGCCACCACAUUGAUGAUAAUGCUUAGAACUUUGGGUAUUAAGAACAAAUAUUUCGGUUUUUAAUGAAAAUAAACUUAAUGUACUACAA